CUUAUAAAUGUAUCUGAGUUUGAGAUUAAGUGAAAAUUUAGUUUGUUAUUGUUAAAAGAAAUGUAGAAGCUUAAGUUCGAAGAUACAAAGGAGUUUAAAGUGUGUUCCUGCAGACUUUAAGUUUUGAGCGCUGAAAAAUGAGAUUUGCUAUUUUUAUACUGUGCCACGUUUAUAUCCUGGUGAGCAAUUCCUGCACUAAUGUCGCCACAUCGAAACUCAUCCCGACUCCCCAUUCACGAAUAUCUGGAGGCAGCCUAGCUGGAAUCAACGAGUUUCCCUGGCAUGUCUAUAUCCUAGCAAACGGAGAUGGGAUUGCUUCAACCUGCGGAGGUUCGAUAUUGUCCGAAACCUGGGUCCUAACAGCAGCACAUUGCACUCAUGGAUUCCUGAAUUUGGAUCUAUAUUUCGGCUCCACGGAUGUUUACUCUAUGCCCACUAUCAUUUCGUCCACAUAUUGGAUAGAGCAUAGCCAAUAUGAUCCUUCAAACUACAACAAUGACAUCUCCGUAGUACAACUGGAAUCGGCCCUCAAUUACACCCCCGGAAUUCAACCGAUGAAUCUAAUAUCGCCAAGUGAAAGUAGCAAUGACUUUGUCAAUGAAGUAGCAACAGUUCUAGGAUUUGGAUACACAUCGGAUCAAAAUCCGCAGGAGUCAUCCGAUUUGCUCUUCACGAAAGUUCUGAUAGUCCCUAAUACGGAUUGCACGGCAAGGUACGGGGCAGAUAUUGUUACAGAAAAGACCCUGUGUGCGGUGGGAAAUGCUUCUUUGGACCACAGCAUCUGUAGCGGAGAUUCGGGGGGUGCAAUGGUUAUAAAAAAUGAGAAUGAUGAUUACGUUCAAAUUGGGAUCAAUUCCUUUGUCUCGGAUUUAGGAUGCACAACUGGAUGGCCAUCAGGAUAUGUUCGCGUUGGUUCCUAUUUAGAAUGGAUCAGUACUCAGACGGGGAUUCGAAUGGAUACUAGCCCCACCAAUGUUAAAUUUUCAUUAAAUAGGAGAGCGGUUUUAGGGUGAAGUGCAAUAUGUUUGCAUUAUAAGAAAAUGUGAUUAAAUUUCUGGCUUUGUUCUAAGUAAUUAAACAUGCUAA